CUGCGCCCGAGCCCGGAGAGCCCGGGCACCGCGGCCGCCGACGCAGCCACGGUCCCGGUUCCUUAUCCCUGAGGCGCGCGCGGGGUCUCGGGUGACCCCAGAGGGGACCGCGGGAGGGAGCGCGAGGCGGCGCAGGGCGGGCCGCACGCGUCCCCGGCCGCCCCCCGCGCGCGCGUGGCCGGGCCCAGAGAAGCCCCGGCGCGGGGAGCGCCGGCCCGGCGCGGGCGAGGGCGAUGCCGCGGUGACGGCCCCGCCAUGGCGAAGCCCCCGGCGGUGGCGGCGGCGGCUGCAGCGGCGGCGUCGGAGGAGCUGAGCCAGGUGCCGGACGAGGAACUGCUGCGCUGGAGCAAGGAGGAGCUGGCGCGGCGGCUGCGGCGCGCGGAGGGCGAGAAGGUGGGCCUCAUGCUGGAGCACGGCGGCCUGAUGCGCGACGUGAACCGGCGGCUGCAGCAGCACCUGCUGGAGAUCCGCGGCCUCAAGGACGUGAACCAGCGGCUGCAGGACGACAAUCAGGAGCUGCGUGAGCUCUGCUGUUUCCUGGACGACGACCGGCAGAAAGGGCGCAAGCUGGCGCGCGAGUGGCAGCGCUUCGGACGCCACGCGGCCGGAGCCGUGUGGCACGAGGUGGCCCGCUCGCAGCAGAAGCUGCGGGAGCUCGAGGCGCGCCAGGAGGCCCUGCUGCGCGAGAACCUGGAGCUGAAAGAGCUGGUGCUGUUGCUGGACGAGGAGCGCGCGGCGCUGGCGGCGGCGGGGGGCGCUGGCGGCAGCGGCGGCGGCGCGGGCUCCCGCAGCUCCAUCGACAGCCAGGCCAGUCUGAGCGGGCCCCUGGCGGGCAGCGCAGCGGGCUCCGGGGCCCGCGAUGUUGGCGACGGCAGCAGCACGUCUAGUGCGGGCAGCGGCGGCAGCCCGGACCACCACCACCACGUCCCAGCGGCUCUGCUGCCCCCGGGGCCGCACAAGGGUUCCGACGGCAAGGCCGGAGCCACGCGCCGGUCCCUGGAUGACCUGUCAGCGCCGCCGCACCACCGAAGCAUCCCUAACGGCCUGCACGAUCCCUCAUCCACCUACACCAGGCCACUGGAGAGCAAGGUGAAGCUGUUGGAUGGUGACAAGCUCCCCCCACAGCUGCCCCGCCCCUACGGCCACCAGAGAAGCCGGCUCCAGCAGGCGGGCUCCGGAGAGUUCCGGACGCUUCGGAAAGGCUUCUCCCCAUACCAUUCGGAAUCCCAGCUUGCAGCCCUGCCGCCCUCCUACCAGGAAGUCCUGCAGAACGGCCCGGCCUGCCCCGUACCUGAGCUGCCCUCACCCCCUUCCACAGUCUACAGCUCGGCUGGACAGAAGCCUGAGGCUGUCGUGCACGCCAUGAAGGUUCUGGAAGUACACGAGAACCUUGACCGGCAGCUUCAAGACAGCUGUGAGGAGGACCUGAGCGAGAAGGAGAAGGCCAUCGUUCGAGAGAUGUGCAACGUGGUCUGGAGAAAACUGGGGGAUGCUGCCAGCACCCAGCCCUCCAUCCGGCAGCACCUGUCUGGUAAUCAGUUCAAGGGGCCAUUGUAGGGCCACUUCUCUGUGGACGUGGACUGGCCCUGCCUGGAGUCUGGGGCCUUGGACCUGGCAGAAACUCUGGCCUAGCCACCGUCUUUCUCCGUGGUGAAUUGUACAUAGGACACAGCCCACCCUGGCUGCCCUGGUGUGACACUGACAGCCAGGCCUCCACCUCCUGCCUCCCUCACCAGCAAACCUUGGGAAGACGAGAAGCCACUGCCUGCUCACUGCAGCAUGGUGGCCAGGGCAGCCUGGCUCCCCGUCUGAGCCCCAUCUUUCAUUAGCAAGAAGCUUCUGAGACUCCAAGCCAAGGGACUGGGGAGAUGGCCUGCUCUUGGUAGAAGUCCCUCAACGAGUAUUCUAACUCACUGUCCCUUACACUGGACAGAAGCCGCCAGAGGCUGAAUUGCGAUGCAGGUGGCGCUUUUCUGCUACCCUGCCCGAGCCAGGACCCCAGGUCAUGGAGCACUGGAUCCCCUGUCACCUGGGGGUCGGUGGCGAGCCAUGGCGAAACCAGCUGCUGCUCAUUAGCGUCCAGUCCUUUAGUAACGUCUCCUUGCCUGAGUCAGGCUUGGUUACCUCUUAGGCCUCUCCUGCCAGGUUCCCUUUUCUGGUUUACAGCAACAUAGGAAGGUUCUGGAGAACCCCAGACGGGCUGAGCUCAGCAUUCUUAAUGGGCAGGUAGAACUGGGCCACUGCCCUGGGUCACUGUCAUUGUGACGAACGCCCCCCUCCCCCCCCCCCCCCCCCCGCCGCCCCCAAUCCCCCGUGUGCUCUGGGUCACUACGAUGGCGAUACAGGAGCCGCCCCUGAUGAGUUUUCCCUGGGAAGGAAGGGGCAUGAGCUGGUUCUGGCUUUAGCCUGCUGCGUGGCCUUCAGCUAGCCGCUCAGCCGUUCUGGGCCCCUGCAGUUCCUUUUGGCUUUGUUCACUCUAGAGACCAGCCCAGUUGGGUGGGCCUCAGUCCUCACCACAGAGGAGCUCAUGUGGUAACCUGCUGGGAGCAUGCUAGGCCAGCCUGUUUGUCAUGCUGUCUCCUCACAGGUCACAUCUGAGCCUUAGCCCCUCCCUCCAAGGGACCUGGGGGUCAAAUGCACGCUUCAGUGCACGUGUUCACGCCCCAGCCGGCGGGUGACACAUGACCGACAGGGGUGAUCUCUGAUGUGGUGUGAAGAAGAUGAAGAUUCGGGUGCUCUUGUGAACCAUGCAGACGCUAUCUGCAGGAGAACCCUGGCCACACUGCCGGCGUCACCCGUACUGUACUGUGUAUUUACACCCAACACCCUCACACUGUCCUCCCGCAAUGGUACUUAGAGCCCCAUGCAGCAAGCCCAAAGAACUCGUCCUUGCCUCAGGUCCCUCCCAUAUCCUGUGAGCAGAGGGGACAGGCCGAGAAGGUGGGUGGCAUCUUUGCUUCCCAACCAGCCACGGCCCCGUAACCUUGGGCUGUUCCUAGCACCUUUGCUACCCACACCCUUGGGUCCCACACUCUCAGGGGAAAAAAAGGCCCAUGGCCCUUGGUGUGCCCAGGGAGUUGUGCAGGGGCGGUAGGGGAGUGGCCUACUGCUCUGGCUGUUGUCGGCGGCACUGGGAAGCUUUCUAGAAGGAGCUGCUAUGUGGUCAAGUGAUAAAACUUGGAAUUCCACCUGCUGAACCAACCUGGUCCUGGGUAUUUCCAAGUGGGCUGCUGGGCAGGCAAGACCCUUCCUGGUUCUUCGAAGCCAAGCAACCCCAGAAUAAUGUUGAGGUAUGUGGGCCCACACAAGGUGGGAGCCAUGUCAGAGUCCCAGGCAAACCUGUAUCAGGAUAGUUUAGCCACCUCUGAAAUAAGCAAUAAGCAAGAGCUCCUGGGAUCUGGAGACGGGCCUUUCCUAGGACGGCCUUUCCGUUUUGGAGAGGUGUGACCCUGUCCCGAAUGCUGCAGAGGCGUCCUGUAGGCCCCUCUGCUCUCGUGCAGGGUGGAACAAGCUGUCCCAGCCCUCAGCAGUAGGCUGGUUUCUCUAGGACAGCCUGGCAUGUCUCAAACCUAACAGGCCAGCAGCCGCCGUUGAGCCCUGGGCUAGGGAGGGCAGGUGGUGGUCCGCGACCCCUUCCUCUGGAGCCUUAGCCUUCGCAGUGCUGACUCUGCUGCACCCAGGCGCUCCAUAUGCUUGUGCUGGCUCCACCCCCACUGUGACAGGUCACCCGGCCCCAUCUAGGUGGCCUGGCCUUCCUGGAGCCAGGAUCUGCUGAGCACAUCUUCAUUCGCGUUCAACAGCCACUCGCCAGUGUUUCAAGACAAAGUGACCUUUCAUUUUUCUUUCUUGAAACUUGAGAGGAAGUGAGAUACAUACUACUGAUUUUUUUUUUUUUU